UAUCCCGCUCAUCUCCAUCAUGGCGGCGAGGGGCAAUGUGCAAGACCCCAACGACAGGCGACUGCGGCCCAUUUACGAUUACCUGGACAAUGGCAAUAACAAGAUGGCAAUCCAGCAGGCCGACAAACUGCUCAAGAAGCACAAAGAUCUUCACUGCGCAAAGGUCCUGAAGGCGAUUGGUCUGCAGCGCACAGGCAAACAGGAUGAAGCUUUCACGCUGGCGCAGGAAGUGACCGUUCUCGAACCAACAGACGACAAUUCCCUUCAGGCAUUAACCAUCCUCUAUAGAGAAAUGCACCGGCCUGAAUUAGUGACCAAGUUGUACGAAGCGGCAGUCCGGAAGGUUCCAACGAGCGAGGAUUAUCACUCACACCUCUUCAUGGCCUACGCUCGUGUCGGAGAAUACAAGAAAAUGCAACAGGCUGGAAUGGCGCUGUAUAAAAUUGUUCCCAAAAAUCCUUAUUACUUCUGGUCUGUUAUGAGCUUGGUGAUGCAGGCCAUCUCAGCACAAGACGAGAAGCUCUCUCAGACCAUGAUCCUGCCGUUAGCCGAGCGCAUGGUGGAGAAAAUGGUGAAAGAGGAGAAGAUCGAGGCAGAGGCUGAGGUGCAGCUGUAUUUUAUGAUCCUGGAGCGCUUGGGGAAGUAUGUGGAGGCGCUGGAGAUGGUGCAGGGGCCACUUGGAGAGAAACUGACGAGUGAACUUCUGAGCCGUGAGAACAAAUGCAUGAUGUUGUACCAGCGUCUGGAGCGCUGGCCCGAGUGCAAUGCUCUCUCCUGCAAACUGCUCCUGAAAAACCCUGAUGACUGGCAAUUCUACUUGAUGUAUUUUGACUCUUUGUUUCACCUGAUGGAUCAGAGCUGGAUGCCCUCACAGGAAGGAGCACAUUCUGCAGAAGGGGAGGUGCACUCGUCCGUGUCCCAGGCCAUCAGUUUCAUAGAGGAGCGACUGGACACAGAGGAGGCGAAAGAGUCCAAACAUCUGAGAGGACCCUAUCUGGCCCGUCUGGAGCUCAUUAAACGCCUCAGAGAACACAGCUGUCCUGAAGCACAGCAGCUAGGGGAACCUCUGGAGCUCAUGUUCCAGUUCUUUGUGAAAUUUGGAGACAAGCCGUGUUGCAUCACAGACCUAAAGAUCUUUCUAGAUCUUUUAAAUCCUGACCAACAUGUGCAGUUCAUAAACAGGCUGAUGGAGGCUGUGCCACUGGGCACUCCAGGAGAGGAUGGCGUCGCCCUGCCAGCAGACACACGAGCUCUUCAGAGACAUCUCUGUGUGACCCAGCUCAGUCGAUGUCUUGGUUUACAGCACGCUCUAAACACGGAGGGCAAACUGGGUGUUAUCAAAGAGCUCAAGGCACAUUACCACCAUGGCUUACAAUUUGGGAAGUCGUGUUUAAAAACUGAGCUACAGUUCUCGGAUUUGUACUGUCUGAUGGCAGCGCAUGUCUAUAUAGAUCUGUGGACUGAGACGGGCGAUCAGAACAUGUUAUGGCUGAGUCUGGGAAUGUUAGAAGAAGGUCUCGCUCACAGUCCCUCUAAUGCUCAAUUUAAACUGCUGCUUUUGCUCCUGUAUUGCCGUCUGGGGGCGUUCGAGCCGGUGGUAGAUCUUUACUGCAGUCUGGAUGCCAAACAUGUCCAGCAUGACACCAUAGGGUAUUUAUUGACCCGCUAUGCAGAGUCUUUGGGCCAGUUUGCUGCUGCUUCCCAGUCUUGUAACUUCUCCCUCAGGUUUUUUCACUCCAACCAGAAAGAUACCUCAGAAUACGUUAUUCAAGCUUAUAAGUACGGUGCUUUUGAGAAAAUCCCUGAGUUCAUCGGCUUCAGGGACCGACUCAAUCACUCGCUGCACUUCGCCCAGGUGCGCACAGAGAGGAUGCUGAUCGACCUCUUCCUGGAAGCAGACAUAUCAUUCACUUUAGAGGAGAGUGUUAAAUCAAUGUCUCUGUGUCCGGAAGAGGACGACAUCCCGUGGGACAACUUACGGGACAACCGAGACCUGACUGUACUCGUCAGCUGGAACCCUAAAGACCUGCAGUUGAAUGAGCAACACAGGCAGUGUUCUGUUGAGGACGAGACCCUGUGGCUGAAGUUGCGAUCGCUCACUCUAUGUCUGAUUGGCUGCAUCUCAGCAUUGAGUCGCCCGGCCUCUGCUCGUAACUCAGAAAAGAGAACUGAGAAUGGAGUUUCAGCAAAACCGUCAUAUCUACAGUCGCUGCUGUCCCAACUAGAGAACACACUAAACCAGGCCGCACAGUUUACAGAAAAACACAAACAGCAUCAGUACCCGUUUCUGGGUCCUGUCCCAUCUCGGUUGACUCAGGCCAUGUCUAGCAGUUGCUGUCAGUGUCAGCUCUCCUCUCUACAACUUCCUCUCCACCUCCAGAAGCUCGAGACCGCCGGUUUGGAUGAGUCAACAGAGCUUCAGACACAAAUAUCAAAUCGUUUCAAGUCUGUAAUAGUACAACUUCAAGACAUGUUGGAAAAGUGUAAAGGUGACCUGUUUGAAGUUAAACAUGGUCAAAGCAAGACGCAGCCCUCCCUAUUAGAAAACCUAGUCUACUUUGUUGAAACCGUUAGUAUCGUCCUGUGGGUGUGUAAUUACUGUGGUAGUGUUCUUCGACCCCUAAAGUCCAGCUUACAAAAGAAGAAGAAAAAGAAAAAAGAUGCCAGCAUUGUUACGCCGGUGGUGCUGACAGGCUUCCAGGAGUUCAAUGGCAGCUUGCAGAGUCUCCUCAGCCAGUCCCUGGAACUCAUUAAGAGACAGGAAACCAGUCUGACUGCACUGAAACUGGGAUCCCUUACUCUGGAUGGACAAACCCAGACUGAGGAGGAGGGGACAUUCACGAAAAGUGCAAUGGAUAAGGUGCAGAGCAGCUACCUGCGUUCGCUGCUGGAGAUUGGGGAACUGUUGAAGAAGCGAGUGGACGUUUUGAAAUCCCUCAAAAUCUGAGAGCUCCAUUUAUCCACCAACCAAUCCAGUCCCUGACCUGCACGACUCCAUGUGGUGGCUUCCUCCAUCUCUAACACGCCCAUAGGUCCCUCUGUCUGAACGAAAAGUCUGUGAACUCAACUAGUCGAGCCUACCGGGCUGGGCGUCUCUCCAAUAUCCUCUGUCUUACCAUCUUGUCUCAUUACUCACGAGAGACACUGGCACACUGUAAAAUGCACCAAUGGCUUCAGCACAAACGUGCACGGUGCUCCAAGCAGCACUUUUAAGUGGAAAAAUAAACGUCAUAUCCCUAGCUAAACUACAUAGGCAAACACAUAAGCAAUUUUAGAAGUACUGCUAUACAUUAUUGUACAUAGUGUGAAGAUAAAGAACAAGAACUCUUAAACUAAUUAAAGUGACCUGCUUUGUUCAAGUCGAUGUCUUGCGUUAUUGUCUCACCAUUAAUGCCCAGCCGAAGACCACGCGAAAGCCCCCGACACUUCAAAGUGUUUCCCUUAUUGGUUCCACUGCGUACCGCAUGUAGCCAACAUCGAGACUUCGAUCCGACUUCCACACUGGCAUAUUCUGAAAUGUGUUUACGUAGAUAUUCUCGAUGCACUAGCGUGACAUUUUCGCACAACCAGCCAAGAGCUACAUGUCGGAAGGAGAUCAGAUGUGUUGCGUACAUUUUUGGUUAAACGCAUGGCGGUGAUCAUGGCAGGGUGGCGUAACGAUCCUGUAAACGAUUGUUUCGGAUGCUUUUGUCAGUGCAUUCGCUCCCAAAUCAACUAAUGUUGGGUGCUUAUAUUACAAUAUUUAUUUGUAUAUUACAAAUGACAUUACUUGAGCCACAAGCAUUGGAAAUGUAGCUUUCCCUACGGUUUGUUUUGAAACCAAUGGAAUCGUCACCACAUGUCAACAAAUACGUCAACAUAACAUAGCGUUGACUGCUACAUGAAUGAUGCUGUUGUCUAUGUAACUUGGCGAGGAUUACAGUCACGUCUAUGUAUGUUUGUUAAAAUUGAUUUGUGUUGAGGUUCAAGAAUGGCAUGUCCCAUCAAAGACAUUUAUUCAAUCAUGUUUGAAAUUAAUUGUAUGUCUAAAUAUACAAAUUCAUUGUUUUGUCAUUGGUUGGGUGAAUUGUUUACGUUUGAACUCAUGAAACUUGCACUGAUGUCCCUUAAAUUGUGAGGUUUUAUUAUUGAUACCAAAAACAUUGAAAAUUAGCCUUGCAUUAGCACCACAUAAGCAUGGUAGAGAUAGGCUAAGAUAGGUUUUUAUAAGACUGAUUUGUUGAUGUCUAACGGAAAGUGCAACUGUUUACAACGUUUUUGAACGCCAUAACAAAUCAUGUUUAUAGCGAUAACGCGUGUUUUAAGGUGUGCUGCGAUUGUAUGAGCUUUCACUGCUUUAUAACUGCUCGGGGAGGGGGGGGGGUGCUUUUCUCUUUUGUCAAGCUUCUUUUAUUAAAGGGGAUACAGGACCAGUUGUGCAAUGAGAGGUACUUCUGAUGCUCCGGCCUCUGGAAUGUCCAAUAUUCCAGGACUGAAGGGAUCAUACUACAUCCUCACGGCCACAAAUUAUGAUGAUGACAGCAUUUCUGGACUGAGGAGAUCAUUUUGUCAAGAGGUGGUUGGAAAUGCGCAGACUGAUUUUAUUUCUGAGACACUGGAAUGUGAAAAGGAUUUUUUUUUUUUUUUUUUUUAAUAAAAUGUAAAUGUUCCACAUGUCCACAUCUGCUUUCUUGUUUAUUGUAAUUUUGUGUUCAGAUAGUUUGGCAUAAGAAACGAGUCUGGUUGGUUUAUAUGGUAUUAAUUAGCAUUAUAAUUGAACAUGAGUUUUUAAUAAUUGUUCCUAGUCUUAAUGUGAAUGAUUCAAGUAGUGUAUGUUAUUCUAAAAUGUCAUAAUCUUUCAGCAUAAUGUAUCAACAUUCCUUUUUGGCUGACAUCACCAAGUAAAAUAGGUGUUUUAUGUUAACUUUUAUAAAACAUAUUUAUUGAUUUGUAUUUUAUUUUCGUUAAAAGGUUUUGAAUUAAAUUAUUGUAUUAUUAUUUAAGAAAAAGAGGGAUGAGUCGAACUUUGUGGUAGCUUAAUCAUUAUUCCGCAGAAUAUUCCUUUUAUUGUACAUUUACAUGCCUCACCACAAAGACAGAGGGACACAAUUUGGACCCUUCUAAAUUAAAAUGUUGUUGACAGGCAGUGUUGGGGAGAAACGGAUUACAUGUAACGGGAAUACAUAUUUAAAGUACAAGUAACUAUUCCACUACAGUUACAAUUUAAAUCAUUGGUAUUUACAAUACAGUUACAUUCAAAAAGUAUUUUCAUUACUCAGGAGAUUACUUUGCAUUUUAUUGUCAUUUGUUUCAUUUAAUAUUUAAUUCCUUUCAGACGGGAAACAUUUAUAAAUAUAAAUAAUGUGAUCCAAAGUGCAUUUGAACAGCGGUGAAACACUUUCUUAUGAUGUGUUACAUUCAUACGAGCAGACAGAGAAGUGAGUUGAAGUAAGUUUGGGGCACAAGAAAUAGAAAUAAACCUUGUGUAUUUUACAUGCACAUGUUACCAGACACGAUCAUAUUUAUUAUCAAGAAAAUGUUAUUGUUUUCCUGUAAAAAAAAAAAAAACACAA